AUGGAGAAGGAGUGCGCUUGCCUUUGUGGCAUGGGCCUUUCUCGCGGAUGCCGGUGUCGCCAGCAGGGCCGGGUCCCAGCUGAGACUGCGGCAGCGGACAGCAAGCCAGCCCUGGCCCUGGCCCCAGAAGAGGAGCACCUCGAGGCGGACGCUGCAGCGUGGCACUGUGCAGGGAAGGGAGGGAUCGCGAGCCCCAUGUUGCCCCCGCCACCCCGACGCUGCUCGCUGCAGGACCUGCCUCCAGAGCUACUGGUGGAGAUCUUCGCCUCGCUCCCCGGCACCGACCUGCCCAGCCUGGCCCGGACCUGCACCAAAUUCCACCAUAUCCUGCACACCGACAGCAUCUGGAGACGGCGCUGCCGGGAGGAGUUUGGCGUUUGUGAAAACUUGCAGAGCCUGGAGAUGAUGGGUAUGUCUUGUCGGGAAGUCUAUGCGAAACUGCUCCACCCAAGCAGACACAUUUUGGGAUUGUGGCAGCCAGAAAAUGGGCCCUAUGGGGGACUGCUGAAUGUAGUGGUGAACGGCUUACACAUUACUGGUUGGAUGUACCUGCCUCCCCCUAACCCACGUAUGGAUGACCCAAUGCAGUUCAGGCCCGUGUUUAGAAUUCGCCUGACACAGAGGAAAUCGACCAAGGUGGAGUGCAUGUACGGCCGCAGAGGACCCCACAGAUGCCACAUGCAGAUUCAGAAGGACAGGUUCUCCACCAAGUGCAACCAGAUGAACUACCACGGGAUAUCUAGUUGGAACCGAGAGGAUUUAGGAAGGUGGCUGAGGGAAGAAUGGGAGCAGACGCUGGAGGACAUAUUCCAGGAGGACAGGCUGCAGUUCUUCCUGAUGAAGUUCAUCUACCAACAGUAUGACAACUGCCUGACCUACCGCCGCAUCUACCUCCCGCCGAGCCACCCGGACGACCUCAUCAGGCCAGGCCUCUUCAAAGGCACCCACGAUACCCACGGCCUAGAGAUUGUCAUGCUCAGCUUCCAUGGGAAGCAGGCCAGGGUCACGAAGAUGACGGGUGACCUCAGGGUCCCUGCCGGGCAGCAGCUGAUAGAGAUCCACCUCAUGCACCGCAUCCAGCUGCCCAAUGUUGAGAUCUUCCGCAACUUCAACGAGCUCUCUUGCAUCGUCCAGGAGGUUCACGAGCGGGUUAUUCAGGAGCAACAGCAGCAGCAGCAGCAGCAGCAAGGAGACAGGACUGAGGACGGCGAGGGCCUUGGCUGGCAGAGCCCUGUCCAGCCCAGUGUCGGGGAGUCCGGGGCUGCAGCUUUGGAGGAGCAGCCUGUCCAGUUUGUUCUGCCUGCGGGCGUGAGAUCAAGUAACCAGAACUACCCCCGAACCUGCAGGAUGUGUUUCUAUGGCGUGGGCACUGUUGCCAUCUAUGGCUUUGCCAACCUCCGGCGCAUCCCUGGAGUCUUCAUCCUGUUUGAUGAGGACCACUUCGGGUUCAUCUGGCUGGAGCUGAAAUGCUUCAGCCUGUACAUCAGAGCCCAGGUCAACUUCCAGAAUGCCGAGGCUCCAUCCCCACAGGCCUUCCAGGAGAUGCUGGAGAACUUUCUGUACUGA